AUGGUAUUUCCAAGAACCUUAUUGCGUGGUUCUAGGGUUAAAAUUGAUUUUUUACCUAAAAUUAUUACUUUCGAUGCUUACAAUACUUUAUAUGCUACUACAUUGCCUGUAUUUGAACAAUAUUGUAUUAUAGGUGAAAAGUAUGGAAUUAAACAAGAUCCUAAAAAGCUAACUGAUGCUUUCCCACCAAUAUUCAAGAAACUACGUGAAACACAUCCAAAUUAUGGUAAGUAUACUGGAAUUUCAGCUCGUGAGUGGUGGAGUAUUUUAAUACAUGAGGUAUUUAAUCCAAUCCAAGUACCUGAGGCUAUGGUGAACGAUAUUCUAAAAAGAUUUGAUGGGACACAGGCAUAUAGGGUGUUCCAAGAUGCUUUAGAGUUUCUAGAUCUGGUGAAAAAGGGUAGACCUGAUAUAGUUGUUGCAAUUAUUAGCAAUACCGAUCCUUUGGUAUAUGAGUUAUUGAAAAAUUUAAAGUUAGAUGAGUAUUUUGAGGAUAAUAUUUACUUAUCUUAUGAUACUGAUCUUUUUAAGCCAGGUUCGGAUUUUUUUGACCAUGUUUUGGAGCAGAUUGUCAAAAAGAAUCCAAAUCUAUGUACUGACUUGGGAGGUGUACAAGAACUUAAGAAACAUUGUUGGCAUAUUGGUGAUGAAGUUAUCAAUGACAUGGAAGGUUCAGAAAAAGCGGGGUGGAAUGGUGUACUUAUAGAUAGAACAGAUAAAUACAGCUAUAUUUCAAAUAUUGUAAAUGGCGGCAAAAGAAAUGAAAGCCAGCUUUCUAUUGACAAGGUGAAUGCUAACCACGAAAAGAUUCUGGAAUAUAGUUUAGCAAAUAACCAUAUGAUUCAACUUUCUGAUCACUCUCAUGUUGUUUCAAACUUAAAUGUUUUACGUGAAUUCCUUUUUGGUAAAUAG